CGGCAGCCGCCGAUGGUGGCGGCGGCCUAGGCGAUGCCGCUGCUUGUGGACGGGCGUCGAGUGCGGCUGCCGCGGUCUGCCGCGGAACUGGUACGAGCGCACCCGCUGCUGGAGGCUGGCAUUACAGGCGUGUGCCACCGUGCCGACUAAAGAAUUGUGAGACACAUGCCAUCAGAGAUGCUACCAGGGCAAUCCCAUACUGCUACUGCUGACCUCCUUCUCCACAUUUACUCACCAACACAUCUGGGUUCAGUGCUGUCUGGUUUCAGGCCCCCGAUGGCCAGCCACAGUGGAACUGGUCCCACACUGUUCCCGAUAAGACAGGAAAGAGCCAGACUUCUCAGAGGUCAGUCUGUUCAACAAGUGGGACCCCAGGGCCUUCUGUAUGUUCAGCAAAGAGAGCUUGCAGUGACCUCCCCAAAGGAUGGCUCCAUCUCCAUUCUGGGUUCGGAUGAUGCCACUACUUGUCACAUUGUGAUCCUGAGGCAUACAGGUAAUGGGGCGACCUGCCUCACACAUUGUGAUGGAACCGACACCAAAGCCGAAGUCCCCUUAAUAAUGAGCUCCAUAAAAUCCUUUUCUGAGCAUGCUCAGUGUGGAAGGCUGGAAGUGCACCUUGUGGGAGGCUUCAGUGACGAUCGGCAGCUGUCACAGAAACUUACCCAUCAGCUUCUUAGUGAAUUUGACAAACAAGAUGAUGACAUUCACUUAGUGACAUUAUGUGUGACAGAGUUAAAUGACCGGGAAGAAAACGAAAACCACUUUCCCAUCAUUUAUGGCAUCGCUGUCAACAUUAAAACUGCAGAGAUUUACAGAGCUUCCUUUCAAGAUCGUGGCCCAGAGGAGCAGCUUCGUGCUGCAAGAGCUUUAGCAGGAGGCCCGAUGAUUAGCAUUUAUGAUGCAAAGACAGAACAACUUCGAAUAGGCCCGUAUUCCUGGACGCCAUUUCCACAUGUGGAUUUCUGGUUGCAGCAAGAUGACAAGCAAAUACUAGAGAACCUUUCUACUUCUCCUCUGGCCGAGCCCCCCCACUUUGUUGAACAUAUUAGAUCUACCUUGAUGUUUUUAAAAAAAUUCCCAUCUCCAGCAAAUAUACUGUUUCCUGGAAAUAAAGCUCUCCUCUACAAAAAAAAUGAAGAUGGUUUAUGGGAAAAGAUCUCCUCUCCAGGGAGCUAACAUCCAAGUUACCAAAGAACACAACUUUUUGGCUCAGCAGAGAUGAUUGGUGGUUUGGAAUCUACGCCUGUGCAGUUUUACUUCUUCCUUGCUUACUGUCUUUCAAAAUAAAAUCUUAUUUUGGCAAAGGCA